GUUCGCCGCCGCGUUGCAUCGACCUCUCUCCGAAGUAGCCGAGUACCAUGGAGGCCGUCAACGCGUCCCGACCGGAUGUGAUCGGCAAGCUGCCGCAGCUGCAGAACAUGGUGAAGCGCGACCCGGUGGGCUACCGCACCGAGUUCCUCAUGCAGCUGCGCCACUUCGAGAGCGAGUAUCAGCUGUUCCUGCUGCAGCCCACCAAGGAGUCGGCGCACUUCGGCGCGCUCGUGAGCUUCCUGAGUCAUGUGGCCAAGUGCUACCCCGUGGAGAUGGCGGCCUUGCCCGAGCAGGUCAUGGCGCUGCUGCGCGACAACUACCUCGUGCUCGAGCCGGAGCUUCGCAAGACGCUGGUGCAGAGCCUCAUGCUCCUGCGCAACCGCGGCCUCGUGGACGCCAUCACCCUCCUGAAGCUCUUCUUUGAGCUCUUUCGCUGCCCCGACAAGAGGCUGCGUGAGCUUCUGUACAAACACAUUGUGUCGGACAUCCGCCAGCUCAACGCCACGUCGCGCAACGUGAAGGUGAACAAGGCGCUGCAGAAUUUCCUGUUUGAAAUGCUGCAGGACGAGAGCGAGCACGCGGCCAUCAAGUCGCUGCAGCGCAGUGUGAAUGUGAUUGCCACUGCGUGCACGAGUAAGAACACCAAGCUGCUGGUGAUGGCGCUCAGCUUCUUCUUGGGUAUCGAUGAAGACAUUCUGGAAGACGAGGAACAGCAAAAGAAAGAGAAGAAGGCGCUUGUGACUGUGGACUUCCACGCUCACUCGAAGAAAACGAAAAAGCGUCAGCGUGAUACCCUGCAGGCACUGAGCAAGAACAAGAGAGCCCGCAAGCGCGAACUCGAUUUCAUGGCUACGUUCCCUGCCAUCGAGUUGCUGAAUGAUCCGCAGGGCGUUGCUGAGCGCCAGCUGAAGCUCCUCAAGAGUUGCACGGAGCGCUUCGAGGUGAAGCUGCUCAUGAUGAACUUUAUUGGUCGCGUCCUGGGAUUCCACAAGCUCGUGGUGCUUCCCUUUUACCCGCUUCUGCAGCGCUACCUGCAGUCUCAUCAGCAGAACGUGACUGCUAUCUUGGCCUACCUGGUGCAAUCGUGCCACGACGAAAUUCCGCCCGAGGAACUCCUGCCUAUUGUAAAGAGUAUCGCGCACAACUUCGUCACGGAGCGGUGUUCAUCCGAGGUGAUUGCGGUCGGCAUCAACUCCCUGCGCGAACUGUUCCGUCGUGCUCCGCUUUUGCUGGAGUGUGAAGGAAUGGAUGUGCUCGUCAGCGACUUGGUGCAGUACAACCGCGCGCGCGACAAAACCAUCGUCAUGGCUGCUCGUGGUGUUCUCAACCUUAUUCGCGACAUUCACCCGGUGCUGCUCAAGCGCAAGGAUCGCGGCAAGUUCCACGAUACUGCUGCUAAGCCGCACCGCUUCGGUGAGCUUGUGGCGAGCGAAGGUGUUGAUGGCGCGGAGCUGCUGGCGGAGGCUGAAGCGGCUGGACGUUUCGACGGCGAGGACAACAAGGACGGCUGGGAAGUGGCAUCGUCCACGUCGGAUGAAGACGGAUCGGAGGACGAGUGGGUGGAUGACAACAGCGAAGAGACCCCUGAAGUUGAGCGAAAGGAUCGCCUUGAUGCUCGUCGUAUCCUGACACCGCUGGAUUUCGAACGCAUUGAGAUGCUGAAAAAAGAGCGCGAUGCAGCCCUGAAGGACCCCAAGUCGCGCAGCAAGCGCAAGGCUGAAGAGGAUGCAGCCAAGGCAAGCUCAGACGCUACGAAGGUCAACCCGACUGAUCUGGAGGGCUACUCGAAAAAGAAGCGCAUGACUCAAGAGGAGCGGCUGCGUGUGGUGCUUGAAGGCCGUGAGGACUUCAAGCACAAACGCUCGGGUGGCGGUACAACCAACACAGAGAAGAAGCGCCUCAAGCACUUUAUGAUGAUCAAGAAGAGCAAGUCUGUGCAGUCGAAGGUUCUGGUUUCGGCUCGCCAGAUUCAACGCCAGCAGAACCGCGUCGUGAAGAAGAUUCUGAAGCACGAUGCGAAGAAGCGCCGCAAGAUUUAG